AACAUGGUGAGACCAUCCAUCACAUCGCUAAUUGGCCAUUUUGUAUGGCAUUUUUUGAACAAUGAAGCCGACCGUGAAGGCGGAAGCGCGACUGCUGCUGCAUCAACUCACGCAGUUCGAAGACGCCAGCGAGGCUCUCACGCGUUUAUUUGAGGGGUUCUCGAACGAGGAUACCAGACGUUGCGCCGUGUUGCUGCAGCUCUUACAUUGGCAGAACAUACCCGCUUCCCGGAGCCUUUCGGAUGUGCUGGAAGACUUGGAAUCCAGUGGUGACGACUCUCAAACGUCGGUGCGUGGUGAUAUGGAGCUGACGGUGCUGGGUAAACCUGCACUACUGUUCGCCACCUCCAUCUACGACGAGGAGCUCGCCAUGUUGAUCUGGUCGGGGUUCAUUCAGUUCCACGCGCGAUACCUGGAGUUCGAUCUCACUCGACAGGUGCUCGAUAAUUCGGCGGAUUCGCUCGGGUACUCAGCUCUACACUACGCAGUAGAAGCUCAAAUGGGAGAUUUUGUACGUGCUGUGUGUAAGGAACUAGAAAAGGACAAGACGGCUCCAGUGGCUGGCCGAGUAGUGGCGCAGGAUGUGACUUUACCCGUGAAUACAGCACAGAAUAUGGGCAAGAACAUUGCGAGUGGAGGCUGCUCGCUGCUUCAUCUUGCAGCCAAGAAUGGUGAACUGGAUAUGGUCAAGAUUUUCAUCGGCCCGCCGAUGCUUAUGGACCCGAAGUUACUACGCGACUGGGAUGACAACUCACCAGCUCGAGUGGCAGCUAUCCAUGGUCAUGAUGAAGUGGCUACUUUUCUAGAGGGAAUCACCGGUGAAGUGUCCUUAAGUGCUUCAGAAGUUGCUGAAAGGAGAUCCAAGCGCGAGACGAUGGCUAGAGAGCGCUACCUGGCGCACAUGGAGCCUCACGAAUCCAUGUUGGAGCCGUCAGUGUUUCAAAAUAUCUGGACCAUCGAGGAAAGUUCCCUUGUUUGUAGCGAAGUGAAUCAACUGGCUGCUGAGCAAGGCUGGUGCAAGGAACGACAUGCGUCUUAUCAAACGACGGACAUGCCAUGCCACCAAGUUGCAGCUUUGAACUCGUGGGUACGCUCGACUUUGGCGGAUAGACUGUUUUCUCAAAUCGCCAAGCGCUACCGAUUACCGAAGACGAAGCGCUUACUUUUCCGCGACCUCUUUUUCGUCAAGUAUGAGGCGCGUAAGGGCGAACGCUCUGAGCUUGCACUUCACCGUGAUGGAUCUGUAUUAUCCUUCAAUAUCCUGCUCAACUCGGUCAAUGAUUUUACUGGAGGUGGCACAUAUUUCGACGUUACGAAGCGCACGGUGCAUAUUACUCAAGGUGAUGCUGCAGUACACAGUGGAAAAGUUCUCCACGGUGGUGCACCUGUGAUGACAGGCAUACGCCAAAUCCUUGUGGGAUUCCUUGACGUCGCUGACUGUGUGUACUGAAUGGUCUCCAGUUCCAUCAUAAGCGAUGAAAUUGAAUGCCUUCGAUUGGGGUAUCCCCUUCAAGCACGUAGAGCCGUGGACACCAGUGCUUCUCGUCAUACAAGUCAUCGUCGAGAGACGUUUGGAUAGAAAGAGUUGCUUUUGCCUGCACGAAUACAGCAUCACAGGGGUUAACAAACAAUAGAGUAUGAACACAACUAAACUGCUA